GUUUGUGGGAUGUAAAUGGCGGCGUAAAUGAUCUUACGCUGCUGGUUAAACUAUAAAAUUCCCCUAAAUUGAGAAUUUUGCUUUAAUAGGUUUUAAAUAACAUGAUAAAGUAUAUUGUUAUGGGAUUGCGCGGCUUUUUUGUACUAGCAGCCAAAAUAUGGAGCUUUAUCUGUUACAUCUUUAAAAGACAAGUGCGAGCAGUAAUACAACAUCAGACUGUCAAAUAUGAUGUGGUUGCUCUGUCCCCACUUUCUAAACACAGGCUUAGUAUGAUGAAAAGAAAAGUUUUAGUUCUAGACUUAGAUGAAACAUUAAUUCAUUCACAUCAUGAUGGGGUCUUGCGGCAGGUCAAACCAGGAACUCCACCAGAUUUUGUUUUAAAAGUUACUAUAGACAGACAUCCAGUCAGAUUUUUUGUACAUAAGCGGCCUCAUGUGGAUUUUUUUCUAGAAGUAGUCAGUCAGUGGUAUGAACUUGUUGUCUUUACGGCUAGCAUGGAAAUCUAUGGGGCUGCUGUUGCUGACAAACUAGAUGGAGGAAAGAAUGUACUAAAGAGGAGGUACUAUAGGCAGCAUUGUAAUCUUGAUAUGGGAAGUUAUACAAAGGAUUUAUCAGCCAUCAAUCCAGAUCUUUCCAGUAUAUUUAUAUUAGACAAUUCUCCUGUAGCUUACAGAAUGUUCCCAGAUAAUGCCAUCCCAAUCAAAUCCUGGUUCAGUGAUGCCAGAGAUACUGCACUACUAUGUCUUCUACCCAUGUUAGACGCCCUUCGCUUUUGCAAUGAUGUCAGAUCUGUUCUAGGAAGAAAUCUACAUUUAUCAAGGAACUGGUAGUUCAUAUUUAACAAACAAAAAAGUGUAUAUGUUUAAUAAUCUGAGGAGGAAAUAUUUACUGACUGGUCACAAAUGCGCAACAAUAUUUUUCAUUCCCAUUAUUAACACAAGGGACUGUUAAGACCACAUUCAUGUAUAGCUCAUUGUUGUCUGAAUAUAUUUCUUCAAUUGCUUAUUGAUGUUUAGCCACAAAGCUGUUUUGUAGACAUACCAUGAUUCUAGGCUCUUAGAAAAAAAUAUCACCACCAAUAAUUGACAUGUGACUGUGUGAUAGAUUAGUCAUUUAUUAUUCUAAUGGGGUCAAGUUUGUGACUAUAUAUACAUCAAGUAUCUAGAUUCUUUAAGAAUAUGCCUGUAUAAUGACAUACCUGCUUGUGUUAGUAAAGCAAUAAGCUGGUGAUAUCAGUUUGAAAAAAAAAAACAUUAUCAAAGUCAAUCUUGUGCUGUGAUUCUGAACACUUAAAGUCCUGUGAACUUUGAGUUGUAAUCCAUGUAUAACAUUUCUUGUUGCUUUCUCUCUGUGUUUUUUUUUUAUAUAUUUUUUUUAUUUUAUCUCUCAAUAAUGUUGUACAGCUAAUACGAUUUCUUGUAUGUAAAUCAAGGGGAGGGGAGAUAACAUUUGUACAUUUGUAACAAACUUUGUGACUUCUGCUAAAUAUGUUAGUAAGAACUAUGUUUUUUUUUUUUAAUUAUAGUUGGAUUAUUUUUUUUUUAAAUAUUGUUUUAUCCUGUAUAGACUUUUUUUUUCUGGAUGGUGAAACUUGUAUCAUAAUAUUUUGUUACACUUAUUGAACAUUUUGUAAUAAUUUAGAAAUUAUUACAUAAUACAAAACAACUGCUAUAUUGGAACUAGCAACAUUCAAUACCUAUCAUAUGAAAAUUCACUUCUGCAUGGCCUGAACCAAAAUUUACUUAUGUCAACUAAAGAAGAUUAUACCAAAUAUUCAAAAGUUUUGACUGGCAACACUUAAAACAGAAAUUGUGUCACUUGGUCUAUGUGUAUCUGCUAAUACUUGACUGAUGACAAUGUUUAGUUUGAAGUGUUGGUAUUGGCGCUAUAAUUGUUUUGGUCCAUGUGUGUGUAUGUAUUUAACUCUUGCCAUCCAGGGAAAAACUCCCUGUGAUGCAAGAUGCUAUCGUUGUUGUACUUCACAUGCACAUGUUUCGUUUCACGGAGGCAGCUUUAACUUGAUGAUUGUUUUAAAACAUUUUUAUUAUCAGUUAAUAAUCUUUUUUUUUUUUUUAAAUUAAUAAAGUAAUUGUAGGCAUUUUAUGGUCUCUUCAUUUUACUUUUCAAGCAGAAAAGUUCAAUCGGAUGUUUCAGUAAGUUGAGAAUAUUUUCUACAUGUAAUGAGAUUUGGUUACUUCUUGACACUUUUUUAGUAUUCUCUUUUAUACUUGUGCAUUUUUGUAUGUAUUGAAAAGAAUACUUCUGGUUUACGUAAGCAUAUCUUUCUGUAUUAAAUAUAGAUUGAUAAUUGUGCUUAGCAUAGAGAAAAAUUAGAUGAAUGUUAUAUGUGGACAUUUUUCAGACCUGUAUUUAAAUCGCAUCUUAUACACUUUUUUUUCCUCUCAUAGUCAUAGUUUUAAUUUCCUAUUUCUAAACAUUAGGGUACUGUGGGCAAUUAGUAAGCUUGUUUUGUUUUUUUUGUGUAUGUUUAGCACUAUGAAUAAUCAUUUGUACUUUUCCUGAUCUAUUAGCAGCUAUUCUUUUGAGCAUAUAAUGUUCUCAAUUGCACACUGAAGACCAGCAAGACCAGGGUUGUCAGCAGCGCUAUCACUCAGCCACAAAAUCCUAGGUUUAAGAUUGAGUGUAUUAAUUAUAUGGUAUAUUUUUUUUCCUGAAUUAUUGUAAAUAGUUUUAAAUCAUUUUGUUUUGAAACAUAUCUCAGGCCUGCCAUUUCUGUUGUGCUUUUAGUAUCGGGUGGUCUAUAGGAACAUUUUAUCAUGGAGCGUCAUUGAAUACAUACAUAACGCCAUUGUAUGUUUCUGACUAGUUCUUUAUAUAGAACGUCUGAUAGAAACCAUCAUGUAUCACUCUGUAUUUCAAUCUAAGUGCUUUCUAUAGAGCUAGAGCUGAAUGUAUUUUUUUUUUUCAUAACUAUUAUUUCUGUUUGCGUUCAAAUGGCAAAUGCAUUAAGCUGAUGUCAACUGACUAAUUACAAUAUUUGUGUGUGUUCUAUAACAUUGUACUAGAAUAUAUUUAUUUAGUUUGUAGAUAAUGUAUGUCUAGUAUAUUUUAUUUAUAAUGAAAUCUUCACAAGAUUUGCAUAUUAGAUUCCAGCUGAUCAGAUCACUUGUUGUCAUUACCAAAGUGUCAGUUAUCAGUUAUCUCUUCAUAUGUUUUAAACAGAAUGUCCAUAGAUGGGAGUGCAGAUGUCAUUGUUGGACUUGUAUUUGAACUGUCUCUGGUGUAUGUACAGCUCAUGUGAAUGUUGUUUUACAUUGUGAGUUUUUGAAGUGUUUUGAAUUUUAUUAGUGUAAAUUGAUCAUGUAACAAUAUUGAAAUGCCAAUAAAUAAUUAUAUAGAAUGAA